CGCCCCUCGCUGGCUGCGCGCGCCGCCCGAGACCCGCGGAGACGUCAAGGCGAACAUGGCGGAGGGACACCCAGAAAGCUGUCAAUAGAACCCGCAGAGGAGCCACACGGAUUACCGCCGCCUCGGGAAGACGUUUUGUUUUUUUUAUCAUCGACGUUCGGUUAUUUUUACAUUUUUAAUUAUUUCAAACACGACAGUAGCAGCCAUGCUUCGGUGAGCCGUUGCUCCGAAUUAACGAGUUCAAACCCCCCGGCUAGCGCGCUAACGACAUGUCGGACAACCAGAGCUGGAACUCUUCCGGCUCCGAGGAGGACCUGGAGCCCAAAGACGAGCCCUCACACCCGGCCAUCGGCGGGGUGUUCAGCGGGGUCCUCAGCAAAUGGACCAAUUACAUCCACGGCUGGCAGGACCGCUGGGUGGUUCUGAAGAACAACACACUCAGCUACUACAAGUCCCAGGAUGAGACGGAGUACGGCUGCCGCGGCUCGCUGUGCCUCAGCAAAGCGGUCAUUACUCCCCACGAGUUUGACGAGUGCCGACUGGACAUCAGCGUCAACGACAGCGUCUGGUACCUGAGAGCGCUGGACCCCGAGCGCCGCCACCUAUGGAUCGACUCCAUCGAGAUGCACCGGAGUGUCAGAGAGGGGAGGAGAAACAAGGGAGGAGUCCAGGCUGUGACUUUCAUCCCUCCACCACUGGCGGACCCCGGCUACGGUUCCGAGUCCAGUCUGCGGCGGCAUGGCUCCAUGCUGUCCUUGGCGUCAGCCACCAGCGGUUACUCCGCCACCUCCACCUCCUCCUUCAAGAAGGGCCACAGCCUGAGGGAGAAGCUGGCGGAGAUGGACACCUUCAGGGACAUCCUGUGCCGACAGGUGGACACGCUGCAGAAGUACUUUGACGGCUGCGCGGACGGCGUCUCCAGGGACGAGCUGCAGCGGGACAAAAUCGUGGAGGACGACGAGGACGACUUUCCCAGCACCCGCACCGAUGGAGAGUUUCUCCACAACAACAACAACAACGGCAGCAAAGACAAAUUGUACCCGUGCUCCAGUCCUAAAGACGUGAACGCCAUCGACUUCAAAGGCGAGGCCAUCACGUUCAAAGCCACCACGGCGGGCAUCCUGGCCACGCUGUCCCACUGUAUCGACCUGAUGGUGAAGAGGGAGGACAGCUGGCAGAAGAGGCUGGACAAGGAGAUGGAGAAGAGGAGGAGAGUGGAGGAGCGCUACAAGGCGGCCCUCGACGAGCUGAAGAAGAAGUCCCACUUCGGGGGUCCGGAUUACGAGGAAGGUCCAAACAGCCUCAUUAAUGAGGAGGAGUUCUUUGACGCGGUUGAAGCUGCUCUGGAUCGACAGGACAAAAUAGAACAGUGUCAGACGGAGAAGACAAGAAUCCAGAGAUCCAGUCCAGUUCCACCACCCGAUGUCUUCUCCAGCUCGGGCUCUCACAGACUGGCUGAGCAGGUGGAGGAGAUGGUGCAGAGUCACAUGACCUACUCCCUGCAGGACGUGGGCGGCGACGCCAACUGGCAGUUGGUGGUGGAGGAAGGGGAGAUGAAGGUGUACCGCAGAGAGGUGGAGGAAAACGGGAUAGUUUUGGACCCGCUGAAGGCCACCCACUCAGUGAAGGGUGUGACAGGUCACGAGGUGUGUCACUACUUCUGGGACACUGCCUACCGCAACGACUGGGAGACCACCAUCGAGAGCUUCAACGUCGUGGAGACGCUGUCAGACAACGCCGUCAUCGUCUACCAAACACACAAGAGGGUGUGGCCCGCCUCCCAGCGGGACGUCCUCUACCUGUCGGCCAUGCGCAAGAUCAUGGCGAGCAACGAGAGCGACCCCGACACCUGGCUGGUGUGCAACUUCUCCGUGGACCACGACAACGCGCAGCCGAGCAGCCGCUGCGUCCGCGCCAAGAUUAACAUCGCCAUGAUCUGCCAGACCCUGGUCAGUCCACCAGAGGGCGACAAGGAGAUCAGCAGAGACAACAUCCUGUGUAAAAUCACCUACGUGGCCAAUGUGAAUCCCGGAGGCUGGGCGCCGGCCUCGGUGCUGAGGGCGGUGGCCAAGAGGGAGUACCCCAAGUUCCUGAAGCGCUUCACCUCCUACGUGCAGGAAAAAACCACCGGCAAGCCCAUCUUGUUCUAAGGGCGCCCCCUGGUGGCUGCAUAACUAAACCACACUCCGUGUAAAUGGAGGAGUCGACUGUUAAAAGACUUUUAGUGUCCAAGGUGCUGAUGUUGCCAGCCUGUCCUGCUCAUGAAGGCGCCUCACUAGCGCAGAAGGCGGGACACAAGGAACAUUUCAGCUCCAUGUUCAAUCUGUAAGCUAGAGACUUCUUUUCUUCUUCUUGCUGCUGCCAGGUUGAUGGCUACUAGUCAAGUGCCUUCAUUUCAUCCGUGAGCACUUUUACAAGCAGGAGGUUCCGGCACUUUGACGACAUUUCCAUGUUCCACCAAUUGUUUGAAUUUUUAACAUUUCAGCCAAGUUGCUAAAUGACGUGAAUUCCAAGCCGCGUUCCAGCUUUUUCCACUGAAAAAAUUGCAAGCAUGCGGCGAACAUUUUGAUAUUUUUCAUUUUUCAAAACCAAACCAAUUUAUAUUUGUAGCCCUUCCCUCCGUUUUGGUGAAUGUUGAAGGUCACACGGACCCAAAAGGGUCUCAGUCUGUAAUUAAAGUCUUAAAAAUAAAUCAUAACUUUUUUUUUUCUUUCAAAAAAAAUAUUCAAAGUAGAAUAUUCAAUGUAUAAAUAAGUCAAUCAUAUCACGGAUCUUGGUUCAUUAUUUUUUGAGCAAUGAUUGUUUAAAAAUAAAUACAAAAUAGACUAAAGGUCACAGGGACCUAAAAGGGUCUCAGUCUCUAAUUAAAGCAGGGGUGUCCAAACUUUAUCCACUGAGGGCCCCACACUGAAAAAUCAAAGCAAGUGGGGGCCAUUAAAAUAUUUUGUAUUUAAAAAAAACAAUACAAUGUAUGUAUAAAAAAUAUACAUUUGGGCCUCCACUCAGGCUUGAGCCCAGGGACUCCAAAGGGUUUUGGUAAAAAAAAAAAUGAAAAAUGUAUCAUUAUUCAAGUUUUAAAUCUCCAGAUCAACAUUAGGUCCAUCUGUCAAUAAAAUGGUUUUAAAGAUUUAA